UCCUUACGGGUUCCUUCCAACUCAGGAUACUUUAUGGUUCUGUCACCAUGAGGUGCACAUUCCCAAUUGCCAUACCCCUUGCUUUCAAGUCAUGUUCUUUUUUCCUUUAUUCUCACACAAAGCCACUGUUGCCCUCAUACAUUUCUCCAGAUAUUCCUUACUUUGUGUUUGGACAACAAUGAGCGGAGAGAGUCUUUUUUCAGUCAGCUUCUUAUGUACACAAAUGGGGAGAAGCUUCCUGGUUGCUCCAUUGGGCUUCAUUUCAAAACUAUAUAAUGGUGUGGCCAAACAAACAGUCAUUCGCAGGCUGUAAUCUGAAGCAGUUUGAUAAUGUCGACUCUGUCAUUACCACCUCUGUUUCAGCUCUUUGUUUGGCUUUUGUUGGUUUUAGGUCUUGUGCAAGUACAGCCACACUGAAUCGAUGGCCUCCUACAGCUACGAACAGUGUUGUAAAGCAGCAAGCAAUGCCCGUCUGUCUUCUUCUGGAUCUUAGUGGCCCUGUUCAGCAGAACCAUGAUUUCAAAAAAUGAUCAGCUUGGCACCUCUUCUUCCUGGUUUAACUUCACACUGAGCUGCAAACGUACACAGAGAACAACAUGGAUGUAAGAAAGGAGACGGCGGCUGAGGAUGAUGGAGACAGCGGAGGAGAAGGCACGGCCCAGCACCAGGAUGCGUCCCUCCCACUGCUGCCCACCCCGGCUGCUGCUGCUGCUGCUGCUGGUGACGGUGACACUGAUGCCGGCGGUGCACCCGUAUGGCUUUCGCAACUGCAUUGAGGAUGCCUGGGCACGUUGGCACUUCCGCUGCAUCCAACGCUUCCUGGAGUCGCCGGCCCCGGCAGUGUCCGACCUGCCACCACAUGCCGUCGCGCUCAAUCUGUCCCACAACAUAAUGCGCUGCCUGCAGCCCUCUGCCUUUGCCCGCCUGCCACAGCUGCACACGCUGGACCUGGCCUACAACCAUCUGGAGACCCUCUCCGCUGGUGCCUUCAGCGGGCUGGGUGUGCUGGCGGUGCUGGACCUGUCUCACAACCAGCUGACCACGCUCGCCGAAGGGGCGUUCAGCAGCUUGGGCAACCUGUCCUCGCUGCGGGUACAGCAUAACCCCCUGAGAACGGUGUCACCCAGCGCCCUGCUCCCCCUUGUCAGCCUGCGCCGCCUGUCGCUGCGGGGCGGGCGGCUGGAAGGGCUGGGGGCGGUGGCAGCGGCGGUGCAGGGCUUGGCGCAGCUGGAGCUGUUGGACCUCUGUGAAAACAACCUGACUACACUGGGGCCAGGCCCAGCGCUACCCGCCUCGCUGGCCACCCUGCAGCUGUGCAACAACUCGCUGGGGGAGUUAGCGGGGGCCAGCCCGGAGAUGCUGUGGCACGUGAAGAUACUCGACCUCUCCUACAACAAUAUCUCACAGGCAGAGGCCUUCACCCCGCUGGACCUGCGCAACAUCAGCCUGCUCCACCUGACGGGCAACCCCCUGGAUGUCUUCCGCCUGUUGAACAUCUCUGACAUCCGACCUCGCAGCCUGGAUUUCUCUGGGCUGGCGCUGGGGGCUAGGGGUGUGGAGAAGGUGUGCCAGAGGCUGCAGGGUCCCCAGGCCUUGCGGCGGCUACGGCUGCAACGCAGCGGGCUGAAGGCGCUGCGGUGUAACGCGCUGGGGCUGUGUCCUGUGCUGGGAGAGCUGGACCUGUCCUGGAACCGGUUGCAGCAGGUGGGCUGUGCCAGCCGGCUGCUGGGGAAGAAGCAGCAGGAGGAGCUGGAAGUGCUGACAGUGGAGCACAACCUGCUGAAGAAACUGCCGUCUUGCCUGGGUGCCCAGGUGCUGCCUCGGCUGUACAACAUUUCCUUUCGCUUUAACCGCAUCCUGACUGUUGGCCCCCAUGCCUUCGCCUACGCCCCGGCCCUGCAGGUGUUGUGGCUCAACAUUAACAGCCUGGUGUGGCUGGACAGGCAGGCGCUGCGGGGGCUGCACAACCUGACAGAGCUGCGCCUGGACAACAACCUGCUGACCGACCUGUACGGCAGCUCCUUCACCGACCUCGGCAGCCUGCGCACCCUCAACCUGCGCAACAACCGCGUCUCUGUCCUCUUCGCUGGUGUCUUCCAGGGGCUGUCCGAGCUGCAGACGCUGGAUUUAGGGGGUAACAACUUGCGCCACCUGGCCGCACAGUCACUGCAGGGGCUGCCCAGACUGCACAGGCUGUACCUGGACCGCAACAGAUUGCUGGAGGUGAGCAGCACUGUGUUUGCCCCAGUGCAGGCUACCCUGGGAGUGCUGGACCUGCGGGCCAACAACCUGCAGUACAUCUCACAGUGGCUGCGCCAGCCGCCACCCUUCCGCUACCUGAGCAGCCUGUACGACCUGAAGCUGCAGGCUCAGCAGCCCUAUGGGCUGAAGAUGCUGCCUCACCGCUUCUUCCAGGGCUUGGUGAGGCUGCAGGAGCUGUCGCUGUCACAGAACAUGCUGCGGGCCAUCCCACCGGAUGUCUUCGAGGACCUGGGCCAGCUGCGCUUCCUGACGUUGGCUGACAGCAGCAAUGGGUUGCACGAUUUGCCUGACGGCAUCUUCAGAAACCUGAGGAACCUGCAGUUCCUGGACCUGGAGAAUGUCGGGCUGCACUCGCUCACCCUGGAAGUCUUUGGCAACCUCAGCCGGCUACAGAUGCUGCACUUGGCCAGGAACGAGCUGAAGACUUUCAAUGACAGCGUUGCCAGCCGGCUGUCCUCCCUGCGCUACCUGGACCUGCGCAAGUGUCCGCUGAGCUGCACCUGUGACAACACGUGGCUGCAGGGCUGGCUGAACAACAGCCGUGUGCAGGUCGUCUACCCCUACAACUACACCUGCGGCUCUCAGCACAAUGCCUACAUCCACAGCUUUGACACGCGCGUCUGCUUCCUGGACCUGGGGCUCUAUCUCUUUGCUGGGACUGCCCCGACAGUGCUGCUGCUGCUGCUGGUGCCGGUGGUGUACCACCGCGCCUACUGGAGGCUGAAGUACCACUGGUACCUCCUGCGGUGCUGGGUCAACCAGCGGUGGCGGCGGGAGGAAAAGAGCUACCUCUACGACAGCUUUGUGUCCUACAAUUCGGCUGAUGAAAGUUGGGUCUUGCAGCAGCUGGUGCCCGAGCUGGAGCGCGGUGCCUUCCGACUGUGCUUGCACCACCGCGACUUUCAGCCGGGCCGCAGCAUCAUUGACAACAUCGUGGAUGCUAUCUACAACAGCCGGAAGACAGUGUGCGUGGUGAGCCGCAGCUACCUGCGCAGCGAGUGGUGCUCUCUGGAGGUGCAGCUGGCCAGCUACCGGCUGCUGGAUGAGCGGUGUGACGUCCUGGUACUGGUGCUGCUGGAGGACGUGGGGGAUGCUGAGCUGUCUGCCUACCACCGCAUGCGGCGGGUGCUGCUGCGGCGCACCUACCUGCGCUGGCCUUCUGACCCCUCAGCCGAGCCGCUCUUCUGGGCACGGCUGAAGAGGGCACUGAGGUGGGGAGAGGGAGGAGAGGAGGAGGAGGAAGAAGCUUUGGGUGGAGGGACAGGAGGGACCAGGGAGGGAGACAAGCAGACGUAGUGGAGGUAUCAGCUGGCUGUAGGAUGGAGGAAGGUCAGCCAUAGGGUGGAGGACAGCAGCUGGCCGAAAUGUGAAAGAGAACCAUCCAUAGAGUGGAGGAUGACAACGGGCCAAAGGGUGGAGGAGAACCAGCGACGGGAUGGACAGCAGCUAUCCAUGGGGAGGGUGACAACCAGCCGUAGGACGGGGUGCGACAGCUCCCCAUACAGAAUGCUGCCGUUGACUGUGGGGUUGAGGAGAACCAGCCAUAAGAUGGAGGACAACUAACCAUAGGGUGGAAGACAACCAGCUGUAGAUGGGAGGAAAACUGUCUGUAAGAUGGAGAACAUCCAACUGCAGGGCAAAGGACGGGGGGACAUAGAGAGGAGAGCAACUGGCUGCGCAGAGGAGGAGAAGCAGCCACAGGGAGAAGCACAACAGCGCUUUCCUCAUCCCAAAAUGCCAGGUUCCCCUCCCAGAGGACACCAAAAUGGCCUUUGUCACUCCAAAUACCCAGAUCUGCCAAUCGAGAUGGCCCUACCCAGUCAAAAUUCUGAUGUACUGUACAAUUCGAUUCUGUGAUUCCCCUCCAAACAGACCCAAGAAGAACCUUCCUCACCUUAGACUGUUCCCCUCCAAAAGGACCGCACACUGGCUUUUCUUGCCUCAAAAUGCUUGUACUCAUCCCAAAAGACCCAAAAAGUGUUUUUCUUCCCCAAAGCAGAGUUUCUGGGAUCCCACAAGGCGUUGCCACCCUGGGGUGCAGCAGGCUCUGUUCUGUGCAGGGAGGGGUCUCCAAUAAAGCAAGGCUCCCCUCGCUUCA